CAUGUCACCUAAAAGGGCAAAGCCUUCGGAAAUAGAAACAAAGUUGGUCACAAAUCACAUAGGCUUUGCCCGAAGUUUUCUUCACCCUUUUCGAGCAUGGGACCAUGGGGCAAGUGACCCCUCCCGUCAGUGGGGGAAGCCCGGGGGGUUUGCGCGGAGGGAACGCCUGUAACUUCCCCGCGACCAUGGUACCUGUUGAAAACGCGGAGGGCCCCGGUUUGCUGAGCCCGAAGGGGAAAGCCGCGGACACUGAUGGCAGCGACAGAGCCAGUGGCGGCCGGCAUCCUCCCUGGGCGAGAGGUUGUGGAGUGCUUGCUGUUCUGUCGUCUGUCACUGCUGCUGUCAGUGGCCUCCUGGUGGGUUAUGAACUUGGGCUCAUCUCUGGGGCUCUUCUUCAGAUGAGAACCGUAUUAGCCCUGACCUGCCACGAGCAGGAAAUGGUUGUGAGCUCCCUCCUCAUUGGGGCCUUACUCGCCUCUCUCACGGGAGGGGUCCUGAUCGACAGGUAUGGAAGGAGGACUGCCAUCAUCCUGUCAUCCUGCCUACUUGGACUUGGAAGCCUAGUCGUGAUACUCAGUUUAUCUUACCCGGUUCUCAUACUGGGACGGAUCACUAUAGGGGUUUCCAUUUCACUCUCUUCAAUUGCCACUUGUGUUUACAUCGCAGAGAUUGCUCCACAACACAGAAGAGGACUUCUUGUGUCACUGAAUGAGCUGAUGAUCGUCAUCGGCAUUCUUUUUGCCUACAUUUCAAAUUACGCGUUUGCCAAUGUUCCCCAAGGCUGGAAGUACAUGUUCAGCCUUGUUAUUCCCUUGGGAGUUUUGCAAGCGAUUGCUAUGUACUUUCUUCCUCCAAGUCCCCGGUUUCUAGUAAUGAAAGGACACGAGGAAGCUGCUAGCAAGGUUCUCAGAAGGUUGAGAGCCAUGUCAGAAACAACAGAGGAACUCACUCUGAUAAAAUCUUCCCUGAAAGAUGAAUAUCAGUAUAGUUUUUGGGAUCUGUUUCGUUCCAAGGACAACAUGAGGACUCGAGUCAUGAUAGGUUUAACACUGGUGUUUUUUGUACAAAUCACUGGCCAGCCGAACAUAUUGUUCUAUGCAUCAACUGUUCUGAAGUCUGUUGGCUUCCAAAGCAAUGAGGCAGCCAGCCUCGCCUCCACAGGGGUUGGGGUUGUUAAGGUCAUCAGCACCAUCCCAGCUACUCUCCUUGUAGACCAUGUUGGGAGUAAAACCUUCCUCUGCGUUGGCUCCUCUGUGAUGGCAGCUUCAUUGUUGACCAUGGGCAUUGUGAAUCUCAACAUCCAUGUGAACUUCACCAGUAUCUGCAGAAGCCAUAGUCCUAUCAACCAGUCAUUGGAUGAGUCUGUGCUCUAUGGACCAAGGAACCUGUCAGCCAGCAGUGACACUCUUCAAGAGCACUUUAAGGGCAUCACAUCCCACAGCAGGAGCUCACUAAUGCCCACAAGAUACGAUGUGGAUAAGAGAGGGGAGAUGACCUUGGCAUCCCUACCAAAUGCUGGACUGAGCCAAGCUGAAUACCACGUGGUCACAGACUCUGCAGACGUCCCCGCGACUUUGAAAUGGCUCUCCUUAGCCAGCUUGCUUCUAUAUGUUGCUGCUUUUUCAAUUGGUCUAGGACCAAUGCCCUGGCUGGUACUGAGCGAGAUUUUUCCUGGUGGAAUUAGAGGACGAGCCAUGGCCUUAACCUCUAGCAUGAACUGGGGCAUCAACCUCCUCGUCUCGCUGACAUUUUUGACUGUGACCGAUCUCAUUGGCCUGCCCUGGGUGUGCUUUAUAUAUACAAUCAUGAGUCUAGCAUCCCUGGUUUUUGUUGUUGUGUUUAUACCUGAGACAAAGGGAUGCUCCUUGGAACAAAUAUCAAUGGAGCUGGCAAAUGUGAACUAUGUGAAAAACAACAUUUGUUUUAUGAGUCAUCAUGAAGAGGAAUUAGUGCCAAAACAGCUUCAAAGAAGCAAGCCCCAAGUGCAGCUCCUGGAGUGUAAAAAGACAUGUGGUAGGGGACAACCGCGGCAGCUUUCUCCAGAGGCCUAGUGGCCUCAAAACCUUAAAAAAAUAUUGUCUUCAUACCAAUAUGUCUUGGCCACUCCCAUGUUCUCUCUUUAGUGUCAUGGAGCUACUUUUAAAGGGACACUCUGAAAUUACAAAGACAACCUUUAAUCUCCACUCGCCAAAAAGUAAAUGAAGUACAAAGUCCCAAGUGGUAUCUUUCUUACUCUGACUAGAAUACUAGGUUAAAAAAAAAAAGAGAGGCUAGUUCAAUACUUUCCACCUUUCACAGAGCACUAUAACUAGUGAUGAAAUCAACUUUUGCCUUAAGGUGCGUUUGAGGCCUGCUGCAGCUUUAUUAUUCAGAUUACUUAAGUGGUCUGAACGUGAGCUUACAGGGUUUUUUUUCCUACUAAGAUGCUCCUAGCACUGGGUCUUGUGUAAAACAGAACUAGGACACAUUGUGGACACCUGCACAUAGGUUCUAAAUUAGGAUAGGGUCUUGGUUAGGAUUUUAGUGAUAAUUCCUAAUUACAGUUAAAGAAGUACAAAGAUUAUGCUGCUUAUUUUGUGAAUUAUGAACUAUAAUGUAAAAUAUCCUUUUAUGAAUUUCAUGUAUUAUAAAAUAUUAAAAGACAAUUCCACGAUAGUUGUGGAAAAUAAGCAUUUUUCCAUCCAUUUAAAAAUAAUGUGAACAAGAAGGGCAAUUUCAAAAUCCUGGGACCAUAUUUAUUUAGAAAUAGUUGUUAGUAAGUUACGAGAAAAGGAGUCAGGCCAUUAGAUUAUGAUUUGACCUACUAAGCAAGCUUAACAUUCACUCCUUCUAAGGCUUUCAUGAUAACUUAAUAGCAACCCACAGUUCCCUGCACGUCUCUGCACUCCUCAGGAGUAUCACUACCUCAGGUUGUGGCACACAGGAAAGCUAUCAGCGAUGCUGAUGUUCAGAUGACUGCAGAUGUAAAAAAUGACAUUUAGACAUCAGGACAAUGCUCUCACUACGUUCUUCUCUCUGAUGAAGCAGAGAACACCAACUGUACCAGAAACUUGGGUUUUCACCCACACAGCAAUGGAUGACUCUCUUCUGUAUUUUUCCAGUUGAAUUUCAAGACCUUGGGAGGCAUUCUACCAAUUGAAUUUGGAUGUGAUAUAGAAAAUCUAUAAUAAAGAAUCUUGACCCAA